AUGGCGGGACUAGACACUGCUGUGAGCACAGGCGCCAAACAUGACUCUGACCUGCGUCGGAGAAAUAUCCCUGUUACUGGCAACGGCAACUCUGCGCCUCUAACUGAGACAGCCGAUGAAGACACGAAGAAAUCCAGGCUCCAGUCCCCCUCAUUCCUCCAUGUGCUUGCUGGCUGGGAGCCGAUCAUUGCUCCUGUCAUUCUGACAGCUCUCGCCCUCUUUACUCGCCUGUAUCGAAUCGGUCGGUCCAACAUUGUUACGUGGGAUGAGGCUCACUUUGGUAAAUUCGGAUCCCACUACCUCAAACGCGAGUUCUACUUCGAUGUCCACCCGCCCCUGGGAAAGAUGCUAGUUGGACUGUCUGGCUACCUUGCUGGCUACAAUGGAUCUUUCGAGUUCAAAUCCGGCGAGAAAUAUCCAGAGGACGUGAACUACACCUUCAUGCGAGCUUUCAACGCUGCCUUUGGUAUCAUCUGUGUUCCCCUUGCCUACUACACUGCCCGGGAGUUAAACCUUCGCCGGGCCGCUGUAUGGCUGAUCAGUCUUAUGGUGCUAUUUGAGAACUCUUAUGCGACAAUCUCCCGGUUUAUCCUCCUUGACUCUAUGCUGCUCUGUUUCACAUUUACCACAACAAUGUGCUGGGCGAGGUUCCAUCGAUUGCAACGCGCUAGCUUCUCGCUAGAAUGGUACACUUGGCUUUGCCUAACUGGUUUGAGCAUCGGUUGUGUCUGCAGUGUUAAAUGGGUCGGUUUCUUCUGCACUGCUCUUGUGGGGUUGUAUACCAUUGAUGAUCUGUGGAAUAAAUUUGGCGAUCUGAAAAUGCCCCAGACUGUCCUUGCGAAGCAUCUGAUUACUCGCGUUGUGGGAUUGAUCGUGAUUCCAAUUUUGGUUUACAUGUUUUCUUUCUACCUGCACUUCUUGGUGCUAGCAAACAGUGGUCCAGGUGAUGCCCAGAUGAGCUCACUCUUCCAAGCCAACCUGCGAGGCACCGAGGUCGGCAGAGACAGUCCUCUUGAGCUUGCACUUGGAUCUCGUGUAACUCUGAAGAACAUGGGUUAUGGAGGAGGACUCUUGCACUCCCAUGUCCAGACCUUCCCGGAGGGAUCUAUGCAGCAGCAGGUUACCUGUUACCACCAUAAAGAUGCAAACAAUGAUUGGUUCAUCUAUCCUAAUCGGCAGGAACCUGACUAUGAUGCCACUGCUGAUCUGCGAUUUGUUGGCGACGGCGAUGUCAUUCGGCUUAUCCAUGGCCAGACUGGUCGCAACUUGCAUUCUCAUGCUAUCCCUGCACCAAUCACCAAGUCUCAUCAUGAAGUGUCUUCCUAUGGAAACAUCACGAUCGGAGACGACAAAGACCACUGGAAGGUUGAAGUCGUCGAUGAUGUUGCAUCAAGGGACCGGUCCCGAAUUAGAACCUUAACAACGGCAUUCCGGCUCCGUCAUCCAGUCCUAGGAUGCUAUCUACGGGCAGGAAACGUCAAUCUACCCCAAUGGGGCUUUAAGCAGAUUGAAACGACUUGUACCAAAGAGAACAAGCCUGGCGAUGUAUACACCCACUGGAACGUGGAGUCUCACACCAAUGAACGCCUGCCUCCUGGUGACCCCGGCUCCUAUAAAUCGCCCUUCUUGAAGGAUUUCAUCCAUCUGAAUGUGGCUAUGAUGACUUCCAACAAUGCUCUUGUCCCUGACCCCGAUAAGCAGGAUGAUUUGGCAUCCAAGUUCUGGCAAUGGCCAAUUCUGAAUGUUGGCCUGCGCAUGUGCUCUUGGGACGAUAAUGUGGUCAAGUACUAUCUUCUUGGAAAUCCAUUUGUCUACUGGGCAAGUACUGCUGGUCUUGGCGGGUUCGGUCUUCUCUUCCUUUGGUACGUUCUGCGCUGGCAGAGAGGGUUUAAAGACCUGAGCGAUGAGGAUAUCCGUCAUAUUCACUACUCUGGCUUGUACCCGGCCAUUGGAUGGGUGUUGCACUACCUUCCCUUCAUUAUCAUGGCGCGUGUCACUUACGUCCACCACUAUUACCCGGCUCUCUAUUACGCAAUCCUGACCUUCGGAUUCUGUGUUGAUUGGGUGACGCGCAGGAUGAACCCUAGAUUUGCUGCGGCAUUGUAUACCUCGCUCUAUGUGGUAAUCAUUGGGCUGUUCGUCCAUUUCCGAGCGAUUGUGUUUGGAAUGGAGGGCUCCAACCAGCAAUGGACUCACCUGCGUUGGUUGCCCGGAUGGAAAGUUUCGAACUAA